AUGGCCAAGAAGACUGCGCCAAAGCGCCCUGCCAAGAUCAUCGUUGAGCAUGAAGAGAUCAUCAUUGAAUCUUCAUCGUCUGAACAUGAACACGGCAUAGAAACAACUCAAGAGGGAUCUAUCGUUGAUAUGGCCGGCUCAUCCAAGACAGCACCAAGGAAAGCACCAGGCCGUGCAGGCGCCGCAGCUAGCGGCAAGGCGAAAUCGGCGGUAGCGAAGGGCAAGGCCAGGGCGGUGGAGCAUGAAGAGAUGGACGUGGAUGAGGUGCUGCUGGUCGAUGACGAUCGGCCGAGUCGUACAAAGCCUAUUCCAAAGGUCUCAAAGGCCAAUGCUGUGUCGAUAGCUCGUCUAACGAGGGAGAAAGAGAGCCUCUCACGCGAAGUAGACAGACUGCGUAAGAAUGUGGACAGUCUCAACGCUCAAGUGAGCAAGUAUGAAGAACAGCUAGAAGAACUGUUCCACAUUCGCGAGACGGAAGCAGAGCAAAACCUCAGAGAGCAAGCGGAACAGUAUGAAGCAAAAAUCCAGACCCAGGAGGCGCUGAUCAAGGAGUUGACUUCUCAGCUGACAAAAACAAAGGCCCUGGGAGCGUCUGCAAAGGCAUCCGUCGUACAGUUCUUGACGCGCGAAGCAGCUGAUGAGGAGAAGCUCGCCGUGGAGCGGGAGGUUGAACGUUGUAGGGACAUCAUCAAAAACAGAGAUCAGCAGUUAGCGGAGAAGGACAAACGAAUACAGGACCUCGAGGUUCAAGAGACGAUCCUACGAUCUGACCUGGCGGCUGAGAUUGAGAGAGGCAAUCACCUUUCCAAAAACCCGCCUCCUCCCUCUGCGCGUACUCAUACGAAACCUCCGGACGAUCCGAAGAAUGCUCUCGUCAUCCGGCUGUACGAGGACAUGACCAAUUGUCUCAUAGUGUCCGCCAAAGUGGGAAAAAGUGCAUAUUUCAAUCUGGACGAACCUGUCUUUAGUUGCGUUUACACACAUCGAGACCCUGACUCAGAUGUAACCGCGGCCAGCGUGAACUUCAGUUUACGAGAGAUAUGGGAGAAGCCCGAGGGCUCCGAUCCAGAUAGCCCAGUCAAAUCCAAAGAUGAUCUGGUCAUGAGAAUGAAGUAUCAGCCAUAUAAUCUUGAAAACGAGCCUGAGGAAUUCGUGAAGGCUCUCAAAUUUUUAGGCCAUGCGUUCAUCUUUGCUCGUGACCAGCUUCCAAUAUUCCUGAAAUCGUUGACCGAGAAUGUGGACAAUGCCGUGCGAGGCGCAGUGGAAGAGGACAUGAGUGAAGGAGAAGAGGUGGUCGGCAUGGAAGAGGUGGUUCAAAAUGAGGUUGUAAUUGUCGAAUGA